UUAGCAGGGAGCCCACUGCGGAGGCAGAGGGAGCCGAAGGGAACCAGGAGUCCCGAAGCGGGUUUUAGUGUCUUGUGGGCUAAACAGUUUGUUCGCGUUUUCUUCCCUUCGCCUUCAGAAGCUCCUUGGGGAUCUCUGUACCGGGAGGGCGGGGAUGGGGAGCACCGAGAGUACUGCCCGCAAGGUGUCCUUCGGAAUGGACGAGGAGGAGCGGGUGCGGGUGCUGCAGGGCAUCCGGCUCUCUGAAGAUGUAGUUAACCGCAUGAAGGACUCCUCUGCAUCAUCAAGGGUGCAGCAACCAUCUCCUGCAUCACCACCUCCCACUUCGACAUCUACUUCACCACCUGCUGCUUCACCAGCUCAUGCUUCAUCACCUCCUCCUUCAUUGUCUCAUGCUUCAUCUUUUGCAUUUGGCUCUUCUGAAGGCAAGUCAAAGCGUCCUAGGACAGACCCUAAACCACCCAAAGCUGAGAGCCAGAGUAGCAGGCAGCCCUCUGAAGCAGAAGAGGAUCUGUACAGGAGAUAUGAACAAGAACAGGCUAUGGUGCAGGAAGAGCUGCUUCAGCUGGCGAAGAGAGAAAGGGAGGUGGCCAGGGAGCACCUGAAGUCAUCCCUUCCCCGGGAAAAGAGUGGCACAAACCAGGAGAAGCAAAGAUCAGCACAGCUGGCCAAGGAACUGGAAGGUGUAGAGGCAGAGCUAAGACGCCGUGACAUUUUCUAUAGGGAGCAAUUGGGUCGCAUUGAAAGAAAGAAUGCUGAAAUGUACAAACUGUCAUCACAACAAUUCCAUGAAGCAGCUACUCGGCUGGAGGAAACGAUAAAACCUCGAAGGGUGGAUCCAGUGUGCUCCGGCCUUCAGUCACAGAUUCUUCGCUGCUACAGAGACAACCUUCAGGAGGUGCUCAAGUGUUCAGACCUGGUCAAAGCCUACCAACACUGCGUGAGCACAGCCCAGAAGGUAGGUCCAGUGGCACUGCAUUGGGAUCACAUGGUUCCUUCAACCACUGCCUUUUUCCUGGGAGACUGCCCCAGGUCUUGUCCAGACCCUAACAUGAGCAUCCCCAGCCUUUUGGGAGUGAAGAACAUAACACGUUAAGCUGCAAGAUAGAGAAGGGAGUUGGAGAUACUAUAAGAACACUGAGUUUAGAGUCAGAAUGGCUGGCCCAUCCUUGUUACUUGAUUGAUCUUUUACUUUUACUUUAUAUGACCUUGGACUUCCCAUCUCUGGGCCUCAUUUUUCCUCUUCUGUAAAAUGGAGAGAUUGAACAAAAUCUUCAGGCUCUAAAUUCUGUGAUUAAGGUAACAUCUGUGACCAUAGCCAUGUGAUAGGCAGUGGGAAGAGAAGCUGCUACUAAAUUAUGUUAUAAGGAGAAAGAAUUAGUGGAAUACUGAUAGGGAAAUUAUGGAGGCCACUUCCAGCAUUUGGGGUUUAACACCUUUUGUCCACACCUUACAGAAAAUGCCAAAUAGGUUUCCAACCACUCUCCCUCCCCCCCCCCCCAAUCUGUGGGUUCUUCCCUUGGGCCUGAAGUGCCAUAAGGCCUCAAAACCAUAAAAUGAUAAUGGAUAGCAGCCUUCAUCCUACUCCUCCCACCAGUCUUAUAGCCAAUGGAUUAUUAGGCUAGUUUUCAAAUAGUCUUGGGACCUAGAGACUUCUUUGUAGCUCAUCAGUAUUUCAGACCUGGGAAGUGGGAUGUUGUCAGAGCCCCCUGAGAGCCUGCUAUGUUAGCUCGAUCACAAUUGGGAGAUCAGGGACCUCUGCCAAGACCUCUGAGGUUACCCUUCCCAUACAAUAAAAGCUUCUCCUCGAUGAGUGCUAAAGGGAGAUGCAAGGUCAGAGAAUUGUCUCGGAUUCCAUCCCAUUCCUCUCCUCAGGUGUUUUGCCUCUAUUAAAAUCUGUUCCUCUGCUGCAUCUAGGCCAGCAGGAGUGUAAUUCUGCAAAACCCAGACUCAUCAAGGGAAACCAAGCUUCUUCCUACAUCAGGGCACCAGGAUGGAAAUUAAUUCUAGGGCUAGCAGGGAAGCAACUCUGGGCAUCCUCUUAGAGGAAGAAGUGGUUCUCUACAGGGUCCUCAUCAGAGAAGGAGAAGGAGAUUUAAGACCAAGACUUUGAUUUGAUUUCUAUAAGGAUUUCAAGUCCAAUGAAGGCAUGUUUUUAACCCGUAUGGCCUGAUUUUAACUCAUUUCCUACCCAGAUAACCAGAAUACUCUCAUAGUCUGAGCAGCAAACAACUUAUGAAGGACUGAAAUUUCUCUAGUUUAGGGAGCCCCUUGUCAUCUGUUGUGAUAUUUGCCCCCUACCUAAUAUAUCCCUUUUUAUUCAGAUUUUUCUCCUGCAAGAUCCCUUCUCUUAAAAACACACACACACACACACACACACACACACACACACACACACACACACACACACACACACACACACACACACACAAACUCUUACCUUCCAUCUUAAAAUCAGUACUGUGUAUUGGUUCCAAAGCAGAAGAAUGAUUAGGACUAGGCAAAAUGUGUGUCAAAUGAUUUGACCAAGGUCACAAAGCUAGGAAGUAUUCUAAGACCAGAUUGGAACUCAGGACCUCCCUUCUCUACCACUGAUUCAGCUAGCUGUCCCACCCCCCCAUCCUAUCAAACAAAUACAUUUCUCCCUUGUCUUUCUCUUCUGCUUGAGGGCCUGCCACUCCUCUCUGCACCAUCCCUUCCUGACUCAGCAAAGAUCUUUGGCCUCCACUUAGUAUCUUAAAUGAAAAGCUCUUAGAGUUAGUUUUUAGAAGAGAAGAUUUUCAUUCUUGCAUCAGUGCAGGGACAAAGGGUGAAGGCUCACUUGUCCUCCCCACAGAGAAGCCCAUUUUCCCAGGCUGGAGAGCCAGCUGCUUUGUGUUAUUCCGUGUGGUGACCAAGGUCAAAGCAGUUCUUGGCUGAAGCAAGUCAUUCUGUGUCAAAGUUCCUAUCUGGAACCAGAUCUCUUUAGCAGCCAAAAGGUUUCCCUUGAACUAAGUUUUCAGUGAAUGUUGAGACACCUGAAAGCCCCUGGAAUCUCAUGGGCCCCCCCUUACAGUUCAAAGGCCACAAGAACCAAACGCAGAUGGGUUUGGAGGGAGGAGCUUGUAUCUGUCAGGGCCUCUCCUGGUGGAGAGCGGACUGCCAUGGACCAUCCUGGCCAGGGCAUGCACUUCACCUCCAUGGUGGUGAGGGGAGAGAACAUUUUCUCUCCUACUAAGAGUGGAAUCUGUUUGCUUAAUUUUAAGUCUAACAUGAAACAAGCUUGCCAACCAUCCCUGAAGAUCUUCAACAGACGGAGAUGGGAAAAAUUGUCAGGCUGUAUUAGACCAAAUGGUGUAAGUCCUGGUGGAAUUUUUUUUUAUCCUUCCUAUUUACCAAGAAGGUCUUUGUAUGUCUGCAAAUCAGUAAGCUUAUAACUUUAAUUAAAAGCCCUUUUCCUCCUACCUCCCAUCUUCCCACCCACCCCCCCAAUCCCCAGACCUGCAGGAUAUUUCAAGUCCCUAACUAAUUCUUGGCAUAUAUGAUUUCUUAUUUGGGGAAAUGCUAUACUAAGGGAUCCUGUUGUCCAGCUGUCUCAACUCCUAGCCCCCAGCUCUGGAUGUUUUCUUCUCUCUCUCUCUCUCUCUCUUCUACAAAUCAGGCUUUUAGCUUUGGGGGAUUGGGGUAGCAUUUGGGGAGGGGGAGGGUGUUGACUUUCUUCCCCUAGCAGAGUAUAUCUUUAGCAAACACAUUUACCAAUACAUCUUUAUUGCACCAAGUACAGGCAAAAUGUGAUUAUGAAGGAAGACAGAUUGCAUUAAACUUCAGCCUGCUUUCUGCAACCAGCCUGCCCAAGAGAGGUGCUGGGAAGCUGCCAGGCCUAACUCCCCCCACCCCUUCCCACCCCCGAUGUUAUUAAAGAGUAAAUUGGAGGCUGAACAACUGGCAACAGCAGAGGCCAAUGAAGAAUCCAACUGAGUUUGAGAGUGUAGUGUGUGGGGAAUGCAUGUUAAACCUAAAGCCUUCACUAUCUCAGGAUCCAAUGAUUCUGGCUAUACAGUGUGUUUGUGUGUGCAUGGCUGAAAACAUCCUCUCUGCCCCUACCAAUGAGUGUCCCAGAAGACUUGGUGGCUAGGGUGCUCAAGUGUAUGUCAUGGAUUUUCUGGGAGCAGUAGCCAGGUGGCAGAAAAAUCAUCAUGGGUUUGUAUUUAGGGUAAGUGGGGUAGAGGCCCAGCCAUUGCUCAGGUAGCUGGAAAACAGAGAUAAUACCUUCACACUCCAAGGGUUCUUGGGUAUUUUCUGAGGCCCCACAAACAGGACUCAAACACCCGCACAUCAGAUGUGCAAUCAGAGCCCAGAGGCAUGUGCAUGUAUAUGGAUGUGGAGAGUUUCCUGGCUUGAGUUUGGGCUCUCCAUAGAUUUUUAACAAGGAAAAACCUGAUUUUUAUGAAAAUCACAUAUGAGUGAACAUUCUCCCUGAGUUAGUUUCUACUAGAAAAUUCUGUUUUUAAAGAAGUAAAGGAUAAAGGUAAGAACUCUACAUGACACUGUUAAUGGAAGUGAAUUUUUUUUGAGACACGUUUGUACACAAGGUAUCUAUUAAGACCCAGUUGUAGACAUGGUUUUUUCAUUUGUUUUGGGCUAGGUUUUGGCAAGGACCUAACUCAUAAUUGAUAAAGUUAUUUUAAAUGCUGAAUCUAAUUUCAUACCCCACACUUAUUGGGUAUUUAGUUCAGCACUAUACCAGGCCCUAGGAAUCUAAAGGCAGAAAGGAAACAGUCCAUGCCUACAAAGAGCUGGCAUUCUACUGGGAGAGGCCCUAAUGAGAUACAUGAUUAGGUGUUUUCUGGCUUAUUAAAAAUAAUUUACUAAGUAGCUACAGGAGCCACUGAUUUUUAAUCUGACCAAUAUUUCUUUCCCUUAAAAAAUAAGAAUUUUCAUCAAUAAGAUGAAAAAAUCACCCAUUCUUAAAGAAAGUAGGAUUUCUGUCUUUAUACCCUCAGUUAGGAACCAACAGAUCCUAUUCAACCUUGUAGUUUUGUUUCUUAGAUGAUAGAAUCAUAAAGUAUAGCCCAUAUAGUCUAACCCCCUCAUUUGCAGUUAGGAAAAUAAGGCCCAUAAAGGUUAAAUGCCCAGCUCAGGGUUACACAAGGAGUAUUGAGCAGAGGGAGAAUGUUCAUGUAGGGCCUCUGGCUACCACACCAGACUUCUUCCCACUGAACCAUGUUGCCUGCUAGUAUGAUUUAUCCCACCAGCACUAGGCUUCAGAUCCUGGAUCAGAGAUUUUUAGAAUUGGGGCAGACCUACAGAGAACCUCCCUUUCAAUCCCUGCCUUCAAUUCAAUCUUCUCUAUUUAACAUGAGUAGGUGCUAGGGAUACAAAAACAAAAUAGUCCCUGUCCUCAAGGAACUUGUACUCUUCUGGGUAAGUAUUUGGAGAUUCUCCAUUUUUCUAGAAAAGGUAGCUAAGGCGUGUACAGAAUGGUUCACUGAUUUGUUCAUGUUCACACAGAUAGCAAGUAGCGUUAGAGAAACAAAACCCACUUUCUCAUCUUUCAGUAGAGGUACCAUGUCCUUUCAAGACAAAAAAAAAGGCGAGCAUUUUAGUACAAGGACUUCUUGAAUGAAUUUCUUGUAUUCACUUCAAAGUCUCCACAAAGAUUUCUAUAAUAGAAUAUUGUGUUCCCUUGUGGACAGAUGCCACAUAUGAAGAAAGGCAUUGACAAACCAGGAUGGCAAAAGGCUAGAAACCAUGACAUAGGAUCAAUCAAAGGAACUGGAGGUGUUUAAGGAGGAGAGAAGUUAGGAGAGGGAAAGAUGUCAAUCACUUCUAUCAUAUAAGUAAAGGCUUUCAGAUGGAAGAGUGGGCAAGUUUAUUUGGUAGGGCUACUCAGAGGAGGGUUGGGAGGCCCUUUCAUCAGGGGCAAUAUAACCAACCACCUUUCGAGAUUCUACAAAGAAUCCUUUGGUCAAGGGGUCUUAACCAGGAAGCCAUGAGUUUGGUUUUUUUUUUUUUAAUUAUAUAUAUGUAAUUUUUUCUAUAUAUGUAUACAUAUGGUAACCUUUGUUUACAUAGAAUUGAUUUCCUUUGUAACCCAUGUAUUUUAAAACAUCAUUCUAAGAAGAAGUCAUAGUCUUCACUAGACUGCCCUAUGGGUCCAUGACACAACAAAAGGUGAAGGACCCACUCCUGGACUAGAUAAUCAGCUUCUAAGAUUCCUUUCCACUUCUGAGGAUUUGUGACUCUGAAUUGGACAGUGGAGCCAGUACCAGCUAGGACUUGUAGACCCCAUUCCUAACUCAAUUACACCAGAGAAUUAGAACCUAGAAGUUGGAAUCCCAAGUCUACCAUAGUGCUUAGCUGUGUGAUCUUGAACAAAAAUUACAACUUCUGAGGACCCCAUUUUCCUCAUUUUUUAAAAUGAAGAAGUUGAACUAAAUGGUCUAUAAGGUCCCCUUAAACUCAAUUUUCCAUAAUUCUAGGAACCCCUUUGUCCUCUUAGGUAUUAUUUUCUCCAAAAGUUGUGUGAGCAGAUUGAGAUUGUAAACAGUCACUUCUUCAUUGAAAAUCAGUAUGAUAUAGUGGGUAAAAGGUUGGCUUUGGAGUCAGAAAGGCCUGUGAAUUCAAGUCCUUCCCUCAUAUAUUGACUGUGUGACUUUAGAUAAAUCUCUUAACUUCUCAGGGCCCCAGGCAACUCUUUAAAUUGCAGAUCUGCAUUAAUAGAAAUUGUUUCUUUACCAGUAAUUCCCUAUAUCAAAAGUAUCUAACAUGUACCCACAACAGUCUUAAACAUGAUCAGAACUAGAUUCAACUGUAAUUGGAAAAUAUUUAGCAAAAUAAAUAAAAAUGCCAUAAAACAUGGGUAACUUCAUCUUAAAUCUAAGUCAAUCUGUGAACCACAGGGAUUCUUUGUUAAGCCUCUAUUUCUGUUUUUCUAAGGGAGAUCUGUAAGUGACCAUAGGGCUACCCAAACACUGCCAGCUUCUCCCCAGUCAGGCCCAGGCUUGGUCCCUGCCAACAUCCGUGUACAUCAGUAGCAGUGUCCUACUCCAUACAGCAUGACUGAGCUGUAACAUGACUUUCAUUUGUAGGGCUGAAGAGUGACAGUCUUUCCUGGCAUGGAGAGAACCCAGCAGCAGCAGGCAUACUCCAGUGAAGUUACCACUUACAGGACCACAGAUCCCUGGUUCAUCGCCAACAUUUCCAGCCAUUCACCAAUAUGUGACCAAGAAACACCACUAUGCUUUGGGUUUAUCAUAGUUAAAGUGACAUGUUAAAAAAAAAAAAGUAUAUGUUCACAACUGCCCUGAGGAAAUAAAGCAAAUGUCUUUGUUUUCAA